UGAAAUUUGGCCGAAGCCGAUGACUUUGUCAUGGAUCGCAGAUCCGUCAUGAGCAGGGCUAAGGCGAAGGUGGCCGCUGAACAGGCCGCUAAAGAUGUUGCGAAGCUGGCCGCAGAGAUCGGAGCGCAGCCAACCUCUGGGCAGCCGUCGAAGCCGCCCACCCAGCCGAAGAAAAAACGGCAGGCUGACGAUGGCCAAAAGAAGCUGACUGAGGCCGGCAUGCAGCAUGCCAAGAAAUCAAAGAGGGCUUCUCCCUUAGCCGAUGCUGACGUCGGGGCUGUGACCAUGCCGGACGGAGACGUUGGGGGCUCCAAUGCUGUCACCGUAGUGGACCUAGUAUCUGCUCCUUCAUCCACUGUUGUCUUCCAGCCUCCCCCUACCGUCCAGGACUCCCGGAAGAAGAGGGCCGGGAAGGAGUUGGUCACGAGGACCUACAAGCUGGAGGUUGAGUACCCCGUGAAGGGAGGAGUCUUCAACGAGGUUGUUGACGGCCACGACGUGAUCUCGCAAGUCGUCCCAGUCAAGGACCGGGCCUACCUUGAUAAGCUUGGCAACGUCAGAAUCUAUGACGGUGGAAUGGACCUCGUCGUCCAAGGUACCUUCAUGCUGAUGGAAAGCCACAAGAGGCAGCAGCAAGAGAUUGCUCGGCUGAAAAAAGUUGAGCAGAAGGCUGCCUCGCCCGAGGAAGCCAUGAGCUGUCUAGAUCGGCUGCGGAGCGAGGUAGAGGACCUGAAGAAGAGGGCUGAUGAGGCCGAUGCAGCCUACCGCCAAGUGGCUGCUGACAGGGAUGAUGUCCUGACCAAGCUCGCCAGUGAGAAGGAGGCCCGUGAGGCUGAUCGUCUUCGUGCUGAUGAGGUUGAGAGAGCCAAAGCUGAGGCCGAGAAGGCCGCCGAUGC